CAGUUUUUUGAAGAAGCAGGAUGCUGAUCUAGAUGUGGAAAAAGACUGGUCCAGCAGCUGUAUUAGAAGACAUGUGGUGUGUAUGAAGUUUGUGAUAGUUGGGGGAAAUUUUGGAAUUUAGAUAAUGGGCUGUGUGCAAUGUAAGGACAAAGAAGCAACGAAACUGACAGAGGAGAGGGAUGGCAGCCUGAACCAGGGCUCCGGCUACCGCUAUGGCACAGACCCCACCCCUCAGCACUACCCCAGCUUCGGCGGCGUGACCUCCAUCCCAAACUAUAACAACUUCCAUGCAGCCGGGGGCCAAGGACUCACUGUCUUUGGGGGUGUGAACUCUUCAUCUCAUACUGGGACCUUGCGGACCAGGGGAGGAACCGGAGUGACCCUGUUUGUAGCCCUUUAUGACUAUGAAGCACGGACGGAAGAUGACCUGAGUUUUCACAAAGGAGAAAAAUUCCAAAUAUUGAACAGCUCGGAAGGAGAUUGGUGGGAAGCCCGCUCCUUGACCACCGGAGAGACUGGUUACAUUCCCAGCAACUAUGUGGCUCCAGUUGACUCUAUCCAGGCAGAAGAGUGGUACUUUGGAAAACUUGGCCGAAAAGAUGCUGAGCGACAGCUUUUGUCCUUUGGAAACCCGAGAGGUACCUUUCUUAUCCGUGAGAGUGAAACCACCAAAGGUGCCUAUUCACUGUCGAUCCGAGAUUGGGAUGAUAUGAAAGGAGACCAUGUCAAACAUUAUAAAAUUCGCAAACUUGACAAUGGUGGAUACUAUAUUACCACCCGGGCCCAGUUUGAAACACUCCAGCAGCUUGUACAACAUUACUCAGAGAGAGCUGCAGGCCUCUGCUGCCGCCUCGUAGUUCCCUGUCAUAAAGGGAUGCCAAGGCUUACCGAUCUGUCUGUCAAAACCAAAGAUGUCUGGGAAAUCCCUCGAGAAUCCCUGCAGUUGAUCAAGAGACUGGGAAAUGGGCAGUUUGGGGAAGUAUGGAUGGGUACCUGGAAUGGAAACACAAAAGUAGCCAUAAAGACUCUUAAACCAGGCACAAUGUCCCCCGAGUCGUUCCUCGAGGAGGCACAGAUCAUGAAGAAGUUGAAACACGACAAGCUGGUCCAGCUCUACGCAGUGGUGUCCGAGGAGCCCAUCUACAUUGUCACCGAGUACAUGAAUAAAGGAAGUUUACUUGAUUUCUUAAAAGAUGGGGAAGGAAGAGCUCUGAAAUUACCAAAUCUUGUGGAUAUGGCCGCACAGGUUGCUGCAGGAAUGGCUUACAUCGAGCGGAUGAAUUAUAUCCACAGGGAUCUGCGGUCAGCAAACAUCCUAGUGGGGAACGGACUCAUAUGCAAGAUUGCUGACUUUGGACUGGCCAGAUUGAUCGAAGACAAUGAGUACACAGCACGACAAGGUGCAAAGUUCCCCAUUAAGUGGACGGCCCCCGAAGCAGCCCUGUACGGGAGGUUCACAAUCAAGUCUGACGUAUGGUCUUUUGGAAUCUUACUCACAGAGCUGGUCACCAAAGGAAGAGUGCCAUACCCAGGCAUGAACAACAGGGAGGUGCUGGAGCAGGUGGAGCGCGGCUACAGGAUGCCCUGCCCGCAGGACUGCCCCGUCUCUCUUCACGAGCUCAUGAUCCACUGCUGGAAGAAGGACCCCGAGGAACGGCCCACUUUCGAGUACUUGCAGGGCUUCCUGGAAGACUACUUCACCGCCACCGAGCCCCAGUAUCAACCCGGCGAAAACCUGUGAGAAAACCUGGGUCUGCAGAGAGAGGCCUUAUCCAAGAGGCUUCCCCGCCCCCUCCCCAUUAGCUUUCAGUUCCGUAGCCAGCUGCUGCUCGAGCAGUGAGAGCCGUCCUGGACCAGAUUGCAUGUGACUCUGAAGCUGACGAACUUCCAUGGCCCUCAUUAAUGACACUUGUCCCCAAAUCCGAACCUCCUCUGUGAAGCAUACGAGACAGAACCUUGUUAUUUCUCAGACUUUGGAAAAUGCAUUGUAUUGAUGUUAUGUAAAAGGCCAAACCUCUGUUCAGUGUAAAUAAUUACUCCAGUGCCAACAAUCCGAGUGCUUUCCUUUUUUUAAAAAUGCAAAUCCUAUGUGAUUUUAACUGUCUUCACCUGAUUCAACUAAAAAAAAAAGUAUUAUUUUCCAAAAGUGGCCUCUUUGUCUAAAACAAUAAAAUUUUUUUUCAUGUUUUAACAAAAACCAAUCAGGACAGGUGUUUGGUUUUUUCUUUUUUAUGAAUAUGAAUAUAUAUAAUAUGUCUGUCCCUGUACACACACCACGUGGGUGCUAAUGUGGAGAUCAUGGCCAACCUGGGCCGUAAAGCCUCGGGACCCAGAGUGAGGCUCUUACUGCCAAAUCUGCGUGAAACUACUGGCAUUGCUCUGCAAACCAGUGGCCUCCUUUUUGGCUUUUGCAAAGCAUGAUCCUUUUUUUUUUCUUCUUUAAUUUAGAUUGUACUUUUUUGGUUCAUGACUGUACCUGUAGACGGCUGUUACUUUGACUCUUUUCAAAAGCAGCUCCAGAACUGGACUCACAAGUUCUGCUUCCAGUAUUUUGCUUUGACUUAACUGCGAUUUGUUCUUGAAACCUAAAAAGCGUAUUCAAGCAAGCCAACGGCCAGCUCUAGGGCCAGUACUAUCCGGGGAACUGGAAGGUGGAUACCACACAUACUUCUUGUACAAAAAGACGAAUGCUGAAAUGUUUCAACCUUUUUUUAUUUAAUAAACCUUGUAACCACAUUUAAA